ACGUAUUAUUUCUCCCCCACAGGCUCACACACACAAACCUCUGAAAUCCCUCUUUAUCUUUCUCUCCCACAUUUUGAAGCUCAGAUCUCAAAGAAACAAGGGAUUUCAGAAUUUUCCUGCAAAAAAAAUAAACCCAAAAGAAAAGGAAAAUCCGCCAUUCUGUUUGAGAAAGGGUUUAGCGAAGGAAGGAAGGAAGGAAGAAAGCUGAAGAAAGUGGGAGUUUGUGGAAUCAGAUGUCUCUCAUAUGAGAUGAAGACCCAUUCCCAUUUCAACAUUCAUCUUUUCUUCCAAAUUUUCCUCUUCUUCGGCACUCUUUUCUGCCUCUCCUCUGCUGUUUCUGGGGAGCUUCUUCAACUUUCCGGCCAUGGCGGCCCAGGCCGAGGCCUCACCGACGCCGAAGCUCACUACAUCCGUCAGCGCCAACUCCUUUCCGUCAGAGACGAAUUCGGCGACCGCGGUGAAGAAGUCACCGUCGAUCCCAAGCUUGUUUUUGAAAACGACAGAAUAAGAAAUGCUUACAUAGCCUUACAAGCUUGGAAGCAAGCGAUUCUCUCUGAUCCUUUCAAUCUCACUCAGAAUUGGGUUGGAUCUGAUGUUUGUAGCUACAAUGGGGUUUUCUGUGCUCCGGCGCCGGAUAAUUCCUCGAUCCGUACGGUCGCCGGUAUCGACCUCAACCAUGGCGACAUUGCCGGUUACUUACCGGAGGAGCUUGGUCUUCUUGUGGAUCUUGCAUUGUUUCAUGUAAACUCGAAUCGCUUCUGUGGGACUGUUCCUCACAAGUUCAAGAACUUGAAGCGGUUGUUUGAGUUGGAUCUGAGCAACAAUCGCUUCGCCGGAAAGUUCCCUCGGGUGGUUCUUGAGCUGCCGGAGCUGAAGUUUUUGGAUCUGAGAUUUAAUGAGUUUGAAGGAACUGUCCCCAAGGAGCUUUUCGACAAGGAUUUGGACGCCAUUUUCAUCAACCAUAACAGAUUCCGGUUUGACUUGCCGGAAAAUUUCGGGAACUCGCCAGUUUCGGUUAUUGUUCUUGCGAAUAACAAAUUUCAUGGGUGUGUUCCGGGGAGCAUUGGGAAUAUGACGAGAUUGAAUGAGAUUAUUCUGAUGAAUAAUGGGUUUCGAUCGUGUUUGCCGUCGGAGAUUGGGUUUCUGAAGAAUCUGACGGUGUUUGAUGUGAGUUUUAAUGAGUUUUUUGGGAGUUUGCCGGAGACGAUCGGCGGAAUGGUGAGUUUAGAGCAGCUGAAUGUGGCGCAUAAUUUCUUGUCUGGGAAGAUUCCGGGGAGUAUCUGUAAAUUGCCGAAUCUGCAGAACUUUACUUACUCUUACAAUUUCUUUACGGGAGAGGCGCCGUCGUGCUUGGCUUUGCCGGAUUUUGAUGACCGGAGGAACUGUCUACCUGAGCGGCCGGUACAGCGGUCUGAGAGGCAAUGUAAGUCGUUCUUGUCUAAGCCUGUGGAUUGCAGUUCUUUUGGAUGUCCUACUUAUGUUGCUCCCUCGCCACCUGUAACGGUGCCUUCUCCGCCACCUGUUGUUGUUCCGUCGCCGCGGCCACCUGUUCCCACUCCUUCGCCACCUACUUCCGAAUCACAUCCCAUUUACCGACCACGCCCUCCGCCACCUCCAUCCCCCUCUCCCCCUCCGCCGCCUGUUUACUCUCCCCCGCCGCCUCCACCAUCUCCACCACCGCCAGUUUAUUCUCCACCCCCACCUCCCCCGUCUCCCCCUCCGCCUUCACCACCACCGCCGCCCCCACCGGUUUACUCUCCACCCCCGCCUCCACCAUCACCUCCACCGCCAUCACCACCACCACCGCCCCCACCGGUUUACUCUCCACCCCCGCCUCCACCAUCACCUCCACCGCCAUCACCACCACCACCGCCCCCACCGGUUUACUCUCCACCCCCGCCUCCACCAUCACCUCCACCGCCAUCACCACCACCACCGCCCCCACCGGUUUACUCUCCACCCCCGCCUCCACCAUCACCUCCACCGCCAUCACCACCACCACCGCCCCCACCGGUUUACUCUCCACCCCCGCCUCCACCAUCACCUCCACCGCCAUCACCACCACCACCGCCCCCACCGGUUUACUCUCCACCCCCGCCUCCACCAUCACCUCCACCGCCAUCACCACCACCACCGCCCCCACCGGUUUACUCUCCACCCCCGCCUCCACCAUCACCUCCACCGCCAUCACCACCACCACCGCCCCCACCGGUUUACUCUCCACCCCCGCCUCCACCAUCACCUCCACCGCCAUCACCACCACCACCGCCCCCACCGGUUUACUCUCCACCCCCGCCUCCACCAUCACCUCCACCGCCAUCACCACCACCACCGCCCCCACCGGUUUACUCUCCACCCCCGCCUCCACCAUCACCUCCACCGCCAUCACCACCACCACCGCCCCCACCGGUUUACUCUCCACCCCCGCCUCCACCAUCACCUCCACCGCCAUCACCACCACCACCGCCCCCACCGGUUUACUCUCCACCCCCGCCUCCACCAUCACCUCCACCGCCAUCACCACCACCACCGCCCCCACCGGUUUACUCUCCACCCCCGCCUCCACCAUCACCUCCACCGCCAUCACCACCACCACCGCCCCCACCGGUUUACUCUCCACCCCCGCCUCCACCAUCACCUCCACCACCAUCACCCCCACCACCAUCGCCCCCACCGCCAUCACCCUCACCACCCCCACCAUCUCCUCCACCGCCUUCUCCUCCCCCACCAUCACCGGUGUAUUGUGUACGUCCAUCACCCCCACCGCCACCACCAAACUCUCCCCCACCUCCUCCUCCCUUGUUCUCACCACCCCCACCUGUUUACUACUACAAUUCACCACCACCGCCCAACUCUCCACCUCCGCCGCCACUGUACUCUCCUCCUCCACCUCCCAACUCGCCGCCUCCUCCACCACAUUCACCUCCACCGCCAAUCUAUCCUUACUUAUCUCCCCCACCUCCUCCACCUGUCUAUUCUCCCCCUCCACCAGUCUAUUCACCGCCCCCCCCACCACCGUGUAUAGAGCCUCCUCCACCUCCGCCGCCACCAUGUAUUGAGUAUCAUGAACCCCCACCACCACCGUCACCCUCACCACCUCCGCCCAUCCAAUACCUUCCUCCGCCGUCUCCUUCACCCCCACCACCACCGCCUCCCACCCCAGUUUACCAUUCACCUCCUCCGCCAGUCUAUUACUCUCCCCCACCACCACCAUCACCAUCUCCACCACCACCACCUGCAUCACCACCACCAUCACCUGUAUACGAUGGCCCACUACCACCAAUCUAUGGAGUUUCGUACGCCUCUCCCCCACCUCCACCCUACUAUUGAUUCUUUUGAGAAAUUUUCCUCCUCUAACCUUACCUCAAACACAAGCACAGAAGAAGGAGAAAUUCACACCAUGCCCUCUUUUAAUCUUCUUCAAUGCACUAAAAGUUUCCCAAUCUCCAUUAUUUUUCCUCCUCUGAGGAAGAAUAAUAUAGACUUUUAAGGAUUAUAUUUAUUUCUGCAACUUAAAAGCGGCCAUGCCAUGUUCUUCUCUCUUACAAACGUCACUUGUUUACACACACAGUUUGAGGUAAGAGGGAAAAUCUCUUCUUAUUUGUUUGAAUUGUUAUGGAUAUUUGAAUUUGUGAAAUAAAUGGCAGAGAAGAGUAGGAGAAGCGCAGAGAAUGUUUAUGUUUCAACAAAAUAGAACAAAAAAAAAAAAAAGUUGUAUGUAUAGAGACAAUGGGAAAGCAGUAGUUUCUGCUACUACUGCUGCCUUUCUGGUUUGUGGGUUUUUUUUUUUCUUUUCUUCCUUUUUCCUGUUAUUUUUCUCUUCAUUAUACUUUUGUUUUCCAAUUUAAUAGUAUAAUCAUGAACAAUUUACUUGUAUCAGAGUGUCUGAAUUCAGAUUAUAUUACCUUGAA